UUAAAAAAAGAACUUUUUCAAAAAUAUAGUAGUUGAAUCAACAUAUUGGAACAUUUAACAUUCGUCAACAGGGAAUCUUUUUUGGAAUAAAAAUAAAAAAUUUACUUUCGGGAAUGAAAAUUGGAAGCAAAUAUUAAAUUCUUAAAAUAACAACGCCAUCUUUUAAGGUGUUUAAUGCUUUUUACUAUGCCUACCUAGUUUUAGAGUGUCGUGCACUAACACACAAUAUUUUCUUUCUUAUAUUGAACCCCAUCUAGAUUUCCAAAACAAAAAUUAAGUUGCAUGUGUAACUUUACUUACACACAAAUGAACAAAACGAUACCAUCCCAUUAAGAACGAAAUUUUCGAUUCAAAUGUUUUGUGUUUCUCAACAAAAACGUAAUUCUUGAACUGCAAAAUCUAACUCUUAAUUUUAUUUGUGUAAAAGCAAAUACCACACACACAACCCAAAGCCAUCACCAGGCUAAGAACGAAGUUUUUAAAUCAAAUGAGUCUUGUUUCGCCACAACAAUUUAGUUCUUGAUAUCCUAAGAAUUGCAAAAUCUAACUGUUAUUUUAUUCUGGUCGCCACUUCAUUUCUAUGUGAUUUUUAUAAAGUGCAGGAGUGACUCGUGAAUUAGUUGUGGUUUUAAAAUAACUUAUUAUUAAAAUAAAGGACACUAUAGUGUAUGAGCUGUUUCAAGAAUGGAAUAUGUCCCCGGAGGGUAUAAACGCUUUAGCCGAAUUUCAAAUUUCUACAGAGAAUUUGUUGAAAAUGUUGAAUUCUCAUGAAAUCGACGAAAUUUUCAACAAAAGGCAAUUAUUAUCGGAGAAAAUAAAGUUUAGAUAUAAUCUUAAUAAAUGGCUAGAACAAAACGAUUGUGAAUUAGUGGCAUGUUGUGCAAACGACCGUACUUUGUCCAUGGUUUCGAGUUGGAUUUCUAUUUUUGUGUUCGUUUCAGAUUCAAGAUACUUUCAUUUUUUCAAUUUGCUUCAUACAAUUAUUUUACCACCCAGAAUCAACAGAAAAUUCAAGCCAUCAAUUACCGAUGCCCAAAAGGACAUGUUUAUUCAUUUGGUGAGUUUGAACAAUUUCAAACAAAUCGAAGACGAAAUCAAGAAUACUGCAAUAUCCCAAUCUUUAAAGAUACAACCCAAAAUAUUUGUGGUAGGUGAAUCAACCGAUAAUUUAUUAGAGUUUUAUGUUUGCGUUGAAGAAAUUCGUUAUAAGGUUCCAACUCUUCUUUGCGCCAUUGAUUUGUGUUGGAUAUGUGUCAAAAAGUGUAUGGAAUCUGUUCCUAAUCCUCAAACCAAUGGGUACAAUGGCUCUGGUGGUGGAUCCGAUGGUAUCAAUUUCACUUUACCAUAUGCGCAACACAAUCCAUUAGUUUCGUUUUUGUAUUUUAAUGCCUUACAGUGUGAGCAAACCGAGUUCAUUGAACCAAUAACAACAUAUUGGUAA